CCGACGCGAUGCACGUGCGCUCGCUGCGCGCCGCGGCGCCCCACAGCUUCGUGGCGCUCUGGGCGCCCCUGUUCCUGCUGCGCUCCGCCCUGGCCGACUUCAGCCUGGACAACGAGGUGCACUCGAGCUUCAUUCACCGGCGCCUCCGCAGCCAGGAGAGGCGGGAGAUGCAGCGCGAGAUCCUCUCCAUCUUGGGCUUGCCCCAUCGCCCGCGCCCCCACCUCCAGGGCAAGCACAACUCGGCGCCCAUGUUCAUGCUGGACUUGUACAAUGCCAUGGCGGUGGAGGAGGGCAGCGGGCCCGACGGCCAGGGCUUCUCCUACCCUUACAAGGCGGUCUUCAGCACCCAGGGCCCCCCUCUGGCCAGCCUGCAAGAUAGCCACUUCCUCACCGACGCCGACAUGGUCAUGAGCUUCGUCAACCUUGUGGAGCACGACAAAGAGUUUUUCCACCCACGCUACCACCAUCGGGAGUUCCGGUUCGAUCUUUCCAAGAUCCCGGAAGGGGAAGCGGUGACCGCGGCCGAAUUCCGGAUCUACAAGGACUACAUCCGGGAGCGCUUCGACAACGAGACGUUCCGGAUCAGCGUUUACCAGGUGCUGCAGGAGCACUUGGGCAGGGAGUCAGACCUGUUCCUGCUUGACAGCCGUACCCUCUGGGCCUCCGAGGAGGGCUGGCUGGUGUUCGACAUCACGGCCACCAGCAACCACUGGGUGGUCAACCCACGGCACAACCUGGGCCUGCAGCUGUCCGUGGAGACCCUAGAUGGUGAGGACGCCGAGGCCGAGAAGGCCAAGGAACUGGACCAGAGUCACCAGUGCAGAGUACACCUGGACGUCCCCACACGUUCUGACCUCAGCCCGUCUCUCUUUGCCGGAAAGCCUUCCAAGAAUGUGGUCGCCAGGGACCAGACCCUGGGGCCGUGUGUAAUUAAUGAGCCCCUGCUGGGUACACGGCCAGACAGACAGAAGCCCGGGAGCCGCCAGCAUCCUGGCUCCUUCCUGACCGUUCUUGCCGCAUCCGCUUCCCUGGAGAGGGAAAAUUUGAAAAAGCCCAGAAGAUAGUGGGCUUCCCUCGGCUCCGAUCGAAGGAGGCUGCACCUCAGAAGUGGCCGGGGCUGCAUCUCACUUACAUGGGCUCCUCCCUCCAAAAAAAUAUUAAAUUUGUGAUUUGUGACAGUGUUGGCACAAAGACGAAUAUAAUCCCGGCUCGAUUAAAAACUGAAACAUUGUCUCCGACCCUAAAUAGUUCAUGUUUUGUCUUUUGAGAUUAAGAGACGUUAAAACAUUUUCACAGGUCCCUGAAAGUACCGUGGGCCUGGGCACCAUGCUUGACGGGCAGGUCGGCCCUGGGCCCUGCAUCCCAGACUGGGGAGUGAUGCUGAAUUCUCCCUGUCCCAGCACCUGGCUGCUAAAACCAGCUACCUACAGUCAACAGCCUCUUCGCCUGUUGGAAGGACAUUUAUUCGGUCAACAGCAUUUGCAUGUACCUACGGUGUGUCAGAGACUGUUUAGGCACUGGGGCUACGGCUGGAACAGAACAAGGCUUUUGCUGUCACGCUGCUUACGUUCCUGUAGGAGGAGGCAGAGUGUGAAGGGACCAGUUGCUGGGUCAGGGGUGAGGCCGUGAGGACGAGCUCUGAGUUCCGAGGACAGCUCAGGAGGGCUUCCUGCAGCUCCCCAGAUCAAUACGCUCGGUGUCCCCGGCCGCCUGCCAGGCUGGCCACGGGCAGCUGAAGACCACUCUGGGCUGGAGUGGUCUUUCAUCCUUGCAGACAUCAAAGCACCUGGUCAUUUGCUCCCAAGAUGAGACUCCAGCAUCUUGUCCUAGUUUGCAGGGCCCUGCUCGUCUUCCUGGUUCCACAGAAGAAAUAAUUUGGAGGCUCCGAUCCCAGAAGAUGACCUGGCAGCCUCAUUUCCCCAUCUCACACCUCCUCCUGGUGGGCCUCCAGCUGCUGCCCGACAUCCCCUGAGCUCCCAGACCAGGAGGCCCCCUUCUCCCUUGUCCAGCCCAUCUCCGCCUCCUGAGUCGGACACACCCGUGUUCUGCGUGUCCAUGUGCUAAGAGCCGCAGGCUCCUCUCUUCAGGGGCGAGAGCCGUGUUCCUUUUCUUGAUCAUCCAAGUGGGACGGAUGGGAUUGCAGGGCAUUUAAGGGGUCGAGGGCAUACGCUGUCCAAGUGUGAUGCUCUUGCUGCAGCAGCUGGGGCUGGGCUGGGGAUGGACCAUUUGCCCAGGGUGGCCGUGGAGGCCAAGCCCGUAAGCCGAAGCUGGUGAGCCACCCGCCCCCAGCUCAGCUGGCUCCACGGGGCCCGUGCCUCGUGAUCACUGCACAUCCUGUUGUCCAGAAGCCCGAGCAACAGAGAAGAGAAGAGGCCUCGGUGACCCGGAGGCUGGGAUCGGUCCUCCCAGGGCUGGGCGGACAGUGAUGGCCGGCGUGGUUGGGUAACUGUGGCCAGGCAGAUGUCACGAGCGUUAACUGGUCUCGCUUGUCACUUGGGCCUUGCUCCAUCAAGAGAAGUGGCUAGAAUUAAUGUGUUUUGCACAAUUAGUGAGGAACAUUCUUAUGCUGUGGGCCUCCUGGGGGCAGCCAAUGGCCUUGGGCCUGGAAAACAAAGACGCCACAAGAAAACCGAGAUGCCGCCCUGUCUGUGGGUGGGUUACGUCCCCUCCUUUCCCAAGAGGCCCCAUUUGUGCUCCGUGCCUGCCCCUGGGGGCCUCCUGAGCUGGGCCUGCUGAUUCUGCUCAUGCCACAGGUCCCUGUCCUCAACUCGGAGUCCCGUGUCCUUCCCAGGCCUGCAUCUACACCGCCGCCCACCUGGCUCACCUCUUGGAAGGCCUUGCUCCAUGCGCCUCAGGGUAGCCGUCCUGCCUGUGAGGCCCGGGAGGCGGCCCAUCCAAGCCCAGAGAUCUCUCCCUUCCUCGUUUUCCCUGACGCCCACCUGGGCUCGUGAUGGUUUGGCGUCAAGUGCGCAGGCUCUGUCAGCCGGUCCGGGGCGUGGCCUCCGUCCCCUCCCUCCCUGGCAGUGGAUCCUGAAUGGAUGGCUUCCUGCCUGCGACCUCACCUUCCCCAUCUGUAAAUGCAAGAUCAAAGGUCCUGUCCACGGAACAGAGUCAGCCCAGCCUCAGGUCAGAGCAAACGCUCAGAAAUGGCUGUUUUAUCUUUGUUGAGAACCAAUAACACCAACUCAAUAUCGGGAAUACUUCCAUUGGCAAACGAUGACA